CCCGCCGGGUUGCCAGGCGGCAGGACGGGGACACAAUGGGGUCUGGGAGUUGGCCCGGACACCCCACUUGCCUUCCCAGCCGGUAGCCACAGGAGCAGGUUAGUGCAUCAACUUCAGGCCCCUCCAGGCGCCCGGUCCCAGUGCCGCUCCCCUGCUGCGGCAUCUUCCCCAGACGCCAACACACCGCGGCCCCCAGAACCCCCGGGGAUUCCCUUCGGCGGAGCUGAGUCCAAGCUUGGCGUGGGCACACACACACACACACUAAACUCACUCAGUUUGGGGGUGGGGGGUGGAGAAGGCCUCGAAGCUGGGUCCCUACCCUGCGCCCCCUCCCCCACAGAACUGGGCUAUCCCCCCCCCCCACACACACACACACACACACACGCCCGAAGCUGGGGUAGCCCCCCCACACACACACACCAGAGCUGGGAAAGCUACUGUGUUUUCCUGGCGCCUGGGAGACGGGUGGGGCCCCGCCUGGCUCGCCCCUGGAGUUGCCGGGAUGUGUCGUCGUCCCCCACCUUCUGUCCACAGGUGCUGCGGGCCGUAGAGCACCCACCGCGCCAUGGGCUCGGACCUCUGGGUCGGUCCCUGGCGACCGCACCGGCCCCGCGGCCCCAUCGCGGCGCACUACCGGGGCCCGGGACCCAAAUACAAGCUGCCCUCCAACACCGGUUACGUGCUGCACGACCCCUCCCGGGCCCGCGCCCCCGCCUUCACCUUCGGCCUGCGCCUCCCCAAGCAGCAGGUCUCGUGCAGCCCCGGGCCGGGCUACUUGGUGCCGGCGCGCAUGACGGUGCGCGGCUGGGACGGCACCCCCGCCUUCUCCAUCUUCGGCCGCCAGCGCCACGCCGCGCCCAGCCUCACUCCCGGACCGGGCAGGUACUUCCCGGAGCGAGCGGGCAACGCCACGUACCCCAGCGCGCCUCGACACACCAUGGCCCCCCGAAACUGGGGCGUGCAAGCGGAGCACAACACCCCAGGUCCCGGCGCCUACACGGUGCCCUCGGUCCUGGGCCCGCGAGUCAUCAGUAAGGUCUCCGCCCCCACCUACUCCCUCUACGGCCGCAGCGUCGUGGGCAGCUUCUUCGAGGACCUCAGCAAGACCCCAGGUCCCGGCACCUACCACGUGGUGAACCCCGGCAUCUACAAGUCUCGGGCCCCCCAGUUCACGAUGCAGCCGCGGACGGCGCUCCCCCAAGACAAGAGCCAGAACCCCGGGCCCGCAGCCUACAGUGUGGACCAGGUGAUCCGGGAUCCCGGGGCCAAGGGCCAGAUCCGGGGGAUGAGAGUCCGGGUCCAGGAUGGAGGGUCCGAGGCCCGAGGUUUGGGACCGGGCAGGGGUGGGGGUAAAGGGGAGACAGGACGGGGACCCUGGCGCGGAGCUGCAGGGUCGGCCUGCGAGGUCAGCGGCGUCUCCUGGGCCCCCAGCACCGGAAGCCCCGCGGCUGGAGCUUCGGGAUCCGACACUCGGACUACGUGGCCCAGACCUUGGCCGAAGUGGAUGACUGAUGGGCCGGCGGGCGCGGCCCCACAAACCUUUGCUUAAAGCUUCGGGAACCAGCCGGGUGUCCGCCUCUCUGUGCGCCCGGCCCGGAGAGGGCGAGGGGGCGGAAGGGCGGGGAGUGGGGGGCGGCGAGUCCGGGAAGUCGAGUCCCGGGGGCCUGUGAUUGGCCGGAACCAAAGAAACUAAAAUCGAAAGCCGCGUCUCCAGACCCCGGUAGACAAGCUGGUGCGGCGAGCUUCCUGCCCCGGUGCCAGGCUUGCAGUUUGGACCGUAGUCAGGGCACCUACAAGUCAGCCAAUGAGUGCAUCGAUAAGUAAAAUAACUACUUUAUGUUUCUCUUUUCCUCUCUAAAAUCCAAUAAAAAAAUACCCUCGGGUGAGAAUUGAAAAUAAAAAAACCUGGGGGGGUGGGGGGGUCAUGUGGGGAUAA